GUCGCACGCUGAAUUCCCUCGCUUGCACACUGAACUUAUGUCAUGGCUGUGCUAUUUCGGUCGGAGCUAUAAAAUUAAAAAGCAAACAGAAAAGAGCGGGGAAAUGUUGUUCCAUUUUCAAAAACUACGAUAACUUGGCUACACAAUAAAUUGGUAACUUUUCAAUAAAAAUGAAAAUUUUUAGCGAAAGUUUUGAGUUUCUUCGGCGUCGCAUCUUUUUGAUAUCAUGGAUCUCAUUAGUCAUAUACCUUUUUUAUAGUACUUUUAUUUAUUAUCUCCACGGUCGUGAGUUUCAUUAUUUGAGACGAAUUUUAGGGAUAGGGCUAUGUGUGUCUAGAGGCACUGCGUCGGUGCUUAACAUAAGUUCAGCGCUGGUGCUUCUUCCACUCUGCAAAAAACUCAACCUGGUGGUCUACCGCCUUCUCUCGGGGCUCUGCCCUGGCGUCUUCUUCUUCUGGCUGGAGAAGGCCAAGAGCUUCCACAUGACUGUUGCUGUUACAUUAGUAUUAUUUGCUGUGAUACAUUCCAUAUCUCACUUUGUGAACUUGUGGAAUUUCUCUAGAGGCUACGACGAGGAAAGGAGCGAGAUAAACUUCGCCAACUAUAAAAAUCAGAAUCCUCUAUCGCUGUUGAUGAGCCAAGCAGGCCUGACGGGUGUGUCGAUGCUGCUGAUAGUAGUAAGCAUGGCAUUGACCUCCAUGAGGGCAGUUCGGCGGAGACUGUACAACGCCUUCUGGUACACCCACCAGCUCUACAUGCUGUUCUUGGUGCUGCUGAUCGUUCAUCCCUUGAGCGGAGUAUUAAAGAAAGAGGUCAUCGACGAAGACGCUAGUCUCACUAGUCAAAACAUGCAUUACUCAAACACUUCUUCAGAAAAUGUUCCUCAUAAAUUCGUCUCUAUAAAAUCUCAGACCUGGUUGUGGAUGGCUUUUCCUCUAAGCUUUUUUAUAAUGGAUCUCAUUUGGCGAAUUUUGUCAAGAAAUCGGGCGAGAGUCAAUAUAUUACAAGUGAGUUACAUGGCCGGGCGAACCAUGAGCCUGACCCUCAGGUGUCCCCCCGAAGGCUUCGCCUGCCGCGCGGGACAGUACGUGCUGCUACAGUGCCUUGACGCGUCGUUGCUGGAGUGGCACCCCUUUACUGUCGUCAAGGUGAGAUGUUGUGAGGGUAGUCAUGAUACUGACCCUCAGCUGUCCCACGAAGGCUUCGCCUGCCGCGCGGGACAGUACGUGCUGCUACAGUGCCUUGACGCGUCGUUGCUGGAGUGGCACCCCUUUACUGUCGUCAAGAUACCUGAAUCUAGUCAAAACGAUUUUGUUAUAUGGAUAAGAGUGACGGGUGAUUGGACUGAAGCUUUAGAGAGGCUGUUAUUAGAUAAAGAUCCUGCUAGACUAAGUGUAUUAGUGGAUGGUCCGUUCUCGAGCCCCAUGGAAGGUGUUGCGGGCUGUUCGGUAGCGAUAUGCGUAGCUGCCGGUGUUGGCAUUACUCCUUUUGUCGCAUUACUAAGGAAUAUGUUCUUGUACCCAAGAAGCUAUUUACCAGGGAGGAUCCACCUCCUAUGGAUAGUGAGACACGAAGAAGAAAUAACUUGGCUGGCUGAUUUAGCCACCAAAACUAUGAUGCGGCUACGAGAUUCCAAUCGACCUGACCGCCUGCACAUUGAAUUAUACGUCACAAGUACCAAGAACAACUUGAAUGCUAAGAAUAAAGAAACCAUACACUUAGUUACAUUUAAUGGAAAAGGAGUCGUUCAUAAAAGAGAAUUUACAGACGAUGAAAAAGCAACGCUUCUGACUCCGAAUUUACGAAGGAAUGGGAACUUAGUUAAGGGGGUGGAUAAUGAAGGGAGUAGUGUUGGGGAGUAUAGCAUAGCUAAAGAGUACCCACUGCUGGGAUGUAGGGUACGAAGGGGACGACCGCACUGGGACCGCGUGUUUGGGUAUUGGGUGCAUUUGUACCCUCAAGCCCAAUUGAAUUUAUAUUGCUGUGGACCAAAGAAGUUAGUAAAAUUGUUAAGAAACAAGUGUAAAUAUAUCUCUAGCACGACAAAAACCAAAUUUACAUUCGUUCACGAAGGUUUUUCAUGAUCAGUAUUACGCUACAAUUACCUUAAUUUAUUUAUUAAAAUGCAUUUAUUAUGAAA